ACAUGCAAUAAAGUUAUUGAUUGAUUGAGGUAAGAAGUCGAGCCAAAAAACUGCCUAAAAAUCGACUAAUCAUUUUAGUGACAUUUAUUAUAGUCUAUGAAUUUAACUUUUAUUUGGUGGACACUGUGGACAGCCACUAUUUUACUAAUGGCGGAAAAGCGGCAAUUGUCGUCAUCCUUGCGUUUAAUUACUUAUCAAUGCAAAGAUGUCCAAAAUGGAUCGAAUGUUAAACUCUAAAAAGGAGAAGCAGACAAUUUACGAGAUAUAUCGAGCAUGUCGGCUGUGUGGUGCUGGUGCUGGCUACAAAAUGCCAAUAAUACAAAAUGUUGUCGAUUUAGACGAUAAUGAUGUCGAAUUGAAACAAAAAAUACGGGAAUGCGUCCAAAUUGAGGUACACCAAGAUGAUAAGAUGCCACCCCUCAUAUGCGAGCUUUGCGUUGACAAAGUGAAUGAUUUCUACGAGUUCCUUGAGAUGUGUCGGCAGACCAACAAGCGGACGAGGUUAAGGCUCGGCUUGCCUCCGCAGUCCUUGCCUGGUGGUGCUCCCGAUGCCGGCGACUGCAUUCUGGGACUCACGGAGCCCGUGUACGUCAACGACGAUUCAGACGGUGAACCACUAUCUAAACACAGGAAACCGAGCAGAGAGAACAAAACUAAUGUGCUUAUUAAGAAAGAAGUAACGCGCGGCCGUGGUGGCAGAUACAGUAAAAAGGAGCCGACACCGCCUCGAGCGCUGAGAAAGAAUAGGAACUCAAGAGAAGACGCAUCCAUUACUACAACACAGGAGAGAACUUCAAGGCAAUCACCAAAGGUGUCUCCGAAGGCGGCUCCAAAAUCUAUACUUAAAAAGUCGGAAGAUACUCUAAUAUCGUCUCGGCUGAAGCGAACACGUGACAAAGAUCCGGUUAAGCUAGAGUCACCUGUCAAGAAAGUCAAGAUAGCGUUGAAACCAGUCUCUCCAGCCGCCAAGUCCUCGGCCCGCUCAGGCCGCAAGGCGUCCCCCCCGUGCGGGCUCCGCUGCGUGGUGUGCGACAGCAGACACAAGACCGCGCAGGCUCUGGCCAGCCAUCUGAGGACGCAUGGCGUAGGGUAUACCAGUAACAACCUGGCCUGCAACCCGUGCGGCGAGUGGUUCCCGUCGGCGCGGCUGGCGGCGCGCCACCUGCGCCAGCACCGCGCGCGCCCCUGCCGCUGCCAGCGCUGCGGCCGCAGCUACGCAACCAUACACGCCUACGACCAGCACAUAACCAACGACGAGUGUCUAAUCUGGCCCCAUGUCCCGGAUGUGAAGUGCGAGUCGUGCUGGAACAUGUUCCCGACGGACAACCUGUUGCGGUUGCAUCGCUGUCUCGGCGAGGACCACCGCCCGGGAGGUAAAUGCAGUAAGUGCAAUCGAAAUUACGCGCUGUUGAAGAAUCUGAAGAAACACGAAAGCACAUGCACGGCUAAGAGAAAAAAGGAGCCGCGCGUCCCGGGCCGCGUGCUGGCGCAGCUGCGGCCGCUGCAGGUGCGGGUGGCGCGCUGCGACGCGCUGCUGCGCGGCCUGGCGCGGGGCCGCUGCGACGUGUCCGGCGUCGCCGCGGAUUUCGGUCUAGACAAAAACUGCAUCUACCCCUACAAAUCAUCAUUCUCAAAUCUAGGCAUAAAAUCAGAGCUAGACUCAUUCGGAGGCAUGGUAUCUAUAAAUCCAGAUGUUAAAAACGAAUUCUGUGCUUCAGAAUACGUACAUUGGGAUUCGGAGGAGAGUGAAAGUGACAGCGAUAUCUCCCUUCUCCCUCUAACGAAGAAAAUUGAUACUUUAGCCACUCUGUCAUUAAAAAUUAUAUUCUCGAAUAAAUGUCUUGGCAAAGUUCCGAGGAAACGCAGGAGGGUUAAGAAGGAGAAGGUAUUCGAGGCUCUUGACACAGAAGAUGACGUCACAAGAGAUAUUAAUAAUAUUAUUAAUAAUUUAGAUAAAGAUGAUGAUUUAGAUGCUGUCGAUAACUUAGAUAAUAGUGGAAAUGAUUCUAUAAAGACAGGCAGUGAAAGUAAAAAUAAUCAUACAGAUAAAGAAUUUGAUUUUUCAAAUGAUUUUAAUGAUUCUAAGUCAUUAAAUGAUGUAAAUAGUCAUAAUAAUAGUUUAUUGGUAGAUAAUAAUGGUACUAUUAAUAAUAGUGAUGGGAAAAUAGAAGAAAAUAAUACGAUUGUUGACAAAGUUAAAGAUAGUGAGAGUAGUAAUAAAAGUGAUGAAAAUAGUGAUGGGAUUGAAAAUAGUGUUGUACAUAAAGACGAUGAUGUAGGUGCAUGUUUAAAUAGUGAUGAAAAUAAAUGUGUUACUGAUGAUGAUGAUGAAAAAUCUAAAGAAAUUAGUGAACAAGAAAAUGAUGAUUGUCUUACUGAUAAAGUAGAUGAAGAAAAUGUGAACGAUGAGACUGAAAACGCACAAAUAAAUGAAGAAAUUACUAAAAAUGAUGAUGAUGUUAAUUUUGAAGGAAAAGUUGAUGAAAAUGAUGUUCUACAAGAUGAAAUAAACAGGGAUGAUGAUUCUCAAACUAAUGUUGAUGCUAGUAAUGAUAGUUUUUCAAAAGUAAACGAGACAGGUGAUGUAAGAAAUGAAACAGAUGAUCUCUCGGGUGCGAAUAAUGAUGAUCGAAGUGCGAAUGAUGGUAAUCUACCAGAAAUUAGUACGAAAGAUGAUUUAAACGGUGCAAAUGAUAAUAGUCUAUCGGAAAUAAUUGAAAAUGAGGAUUCUCGAGUAAAUAUAGAUACAAAUAAUGAGAGUCCAUCUGAAGAUGAUAAAAAUGAUGUAAAUGAUGGUUUUAAAGCGAAUAUAAAUGAUUGUCAAUCAAAUAAAGAUGAACAACCAAAUGCAAAUGAUAGUGUUAAUGACGAAAUUAGUCAAAAUAGUCAAGACACAGACUCAAAAAUGGAUGAAAAUCUAUUAUUAACUCAAAAAGACAGUCAAGAUUCAAAUGAAAUUAAGAACGAAUGUGUGAAUGAUGAAGUUAAAAUGGCCGCGAAUGAACGUUUAAGUGUGAGUGAUUCAAAAAGUGAAGAAUACAAAAUAAACGGUGAUAGUUAUGAGAAAAAUAGUGAACAAACGGACAGAAAGAGUGCUGAAGACAUCGAAGAUUCGAAACUAAUGGCCGCUCUAGACGCUGAAAUCGGUGAGAGCGAUCAGACUAGUGAUGUGCCCGAGAAAUCUGGAAGUUACGGUUUUAACGAUAAAAUAGCUUUAGAGGACUUGUUGACGGAAAAAAAUACUACUAAGUCCAUGGAUUUGGAUAUUCUGCCAGAAGAUUAUAAUUUUGAUAAUUAAUAUUUGUAAAAGAAUAUAUCAAUAAUAUAUACUCGAUUUGUUAAGGUAUUCAAAUAAAGGUAAACAAUCUCGGUGUGUAUUUUUAUAUAUAAAGAUAAAACCCGAAAAAAUAUGACACUACACCAAAGCUAUGGGUGCGCGACGUGUUAGUUCGAUCUCGUAGGACAAGUAUUUGUGUGAUCCACGAAUGCUUGUCCCGAG